AAGGGGAGCAGAACACCGCACAAAGGGGGUGUCAUCGACUUCGGUAACUUCACCGAGCCGAAGAGAAGCUGUUAUGAUCAGAAUUUAUAAACCAAAGAUUGGAUGAGGACGUGAAUAAAGUUUUAAAAGAUUAACAAAAGGAAGGCAAGCAGUCAUGGGGAGGCUACUAACUGUGUUUCUGUGUGUGGUGACGAUGCUGCUUCUAACAGUCUGGGAAACAGAACAGGUCUCUGUUGGGCCGAUGGAGGUGAGGCUCGUGGGUGGCGCAACUACGAGAGAAGGUCGCCUUGAGGUCAGGAUAAACAAUGAUACCUGGGGCACAGUGUGUAAUAACUCCUGGACCACUGCAGCCUCAAGUGUCGUCUGCAGGCAGCUGGGCCUUGGAGAACAGGGGCAGGCGGUGAGUGUGACACAAUACGGCUCUGAAUCCAACCUGGGUCAGUGUAGCUCCCAGCCGUGGGGCAGGCACAACUGUAGCCACAACGAAGACGUAGGAAUCGUGUGUUACGAGUUUCCAGCCCAUUCAGUGCGUCUUUUCAACGACUCUACUAACUGGGGGCUGGUAGAAGUGCGCCACAGAGGGGUGUGGGGGUUUGUCUGUGAAGACUCAAACUGGACUGACGCCGCGGCACGUGUCGUCUGCAAGGAGCUGGGCUUCUCUGGCGGGGGAGUGAGGGCUCCUCUGAAGCCGGCCUGUUCCUCUGCGAGCAAUUCCUUCGUCAUCAGCGUCAGGCUGUUCUUUAUCACCUUCAACACAACUUAA